AUGGAAGCUGAAAUUCUUCCAGAUUCUCCUAUUUGAUCUUUUAGCAACAGCUCAAACAUUUCAGACGUAAAUUCAUUUUUCAUUGCUUACUGCGCAACGUCCAAAAUAGUCCUCCUAGAUAUCGCAUCAGGAAAAGCUUAUACAAUAUUGACAUCAAACACACAAAAUGGAAAACCCCGAAAAGCUCAGCGAGUCAGCCUAUCCUCAUCAAGCUGUGCAGGUGGAUUUAAUGAUGGAUUAAUUGCUGUAUGGGAUUUAGGGAUAUUCCAAGAAUCUUGAAAAUAUCAAGGAAAAUCAGAAAUAUCAGGCUUGAAAUGAUGGAAUGAUUUUAUUGUCUGUGCUUUUUCUAAUGGAAAUUGUAUCCAGAUAAAGGAUGGAGAAGCUAUAAAAGAAUGAAAUUCAAAUAAUAUUCGCUGUAUGUCUGCAAACUCUCAUUAUUUAGCCAUUUCUGCAGCUGGAAAAAUAAAAAUAUUUGAUUUUGAUAAAGAAUUUCAAAUAGAAAAAGAUGCAUUAUCAAUAGACAUAAAAGAAUGAGACAAUGAAUUGCAUCUAGCUGCAAUGGACGAUAAAAAAAUAACUGGCUACAAAAACAUGCAAAUUUGUUUUGAGUAUUCUUUGCCUAAAGCAAAGAAAAAAGCUGCACAAUUAGUUUUAUCAAUAAUUUGAUUUUCAAAAGAAAAAUGCAUUUAUUCGUUAAUGACAGGCGAAAUAUUUAUUUUAAAAAUAAUUCCUCAAGUAACGACACAGCUUUUUAUUAAUAACCCCCAUACACGAGCCAUUAUGGCAUUCCUGCCAAUUCAAGAAGGAAUUGUAUCGAUAGGGAUGGACAGGCUUAUAAUUAACUGAAAAAUCCAACAAUUUGAAAUUGAAGGGCCUUCUUAUAGAGUUUCAAGCGCUCCAAUUGGCUAUACUGAGCCUUUAUGAGUACUCGCCACACUUGAAGGCUCUAUUCAUAGCAUGUCAAUAGAUCCUUCAGGACAAGUCUACAUAUGCAGUGGCAAACAAAGCAUAAUAAAAUGAAUCCCUUUAUCAUCUACAAUACAAAGCCGGUUUAUAUGAAAAAGUGAAGAAGAAAUCCAGCAAAUUUUAUGCAACCCUUUUAAUUCCGAUAUAAUUGCAAUUCUUACUCCCCCCAUCCUUGAUCGAACGACUCGCCAUCGUUCGAUCAACGAUGGGGGUUAAAAAAAAUUUUUUCGGGAAAAAAUAUUUAUAUAUAUAUUUUUAUUUACUUUUAAAUAAGAGGGUUAAGAGUAUUUAAUAAUUAUUUUUUUCAUAAAAAUACUAAUUUUUAAUAUUUUUGAUUUAUUAGUUACCCCUUUAAACUGUAUAAUUUUAAUUUGUUCCUUACUGAAUUAAUUAUUGGUUUUUUUUUUAACAUUUUAAAGAAUCUCUGUUUUUUAGAUUAUUGAGUUUUUAGGCCUAGGCUGAUGACUAAAUCACUUCGGAUAGUUGAUUCCGUAGCUUUCUUUCUGUCGUCUCAAAGUCUUUGAAAGCAAACUUCAUUAGGUACAUCUUCCCAAGCUUUUGAUAACUAAUAUAUUUUUAUAUAUAUAAAAUUUGCAUGAUAUGAAAAUCAUUCGAUCAAGGAUGGGGGUUAAUUUCCCCAAUUUUUUAGAAAUUUUUACAGUCAAUCGUUCGAUCAAGAUGGGGGGGGAGUUAGCACAAACCAGCAUGCUUCGAUUUUAUCUAUCCCUGAAGAAAAAAUCACAAAUAAAUUAGAAUUACUGAAAAUCAAAAAAAUUGUGUGGCAAGAUGCUAUAAGUAUUAUUGUGGCUUCAGAUGACCAGAGCUUGUUUUGUUGGGAUAUAACAAAUCAGAAUUUAAAAAGUAUUGCUCAUGUGGGAUUUGACGUCACUGCUAUUUGUUUUAGCAAAGAUAUGGUAUGGAUUGGAACUCAGGAAGGAAAUAUUUUGGCUUAUUUGAUUGAUGGAACUAGAGUUUAUGCAGAUACCACACACAAUAAAGCGAUUACUUGUAUAAGUUCUGGCUCAAAAAUUGCUGCUGCUUCAGAAGAUUGUAGAAUAAGCAUCCAUCAAGAGACGUGCGAACUGGUUAUUGAAAAACAUACAAGGCCAGUUCUGCAUGUAGAUUGGUCUUCUCAUGAAAUUGAGAAAUUAGUUUCAGCCUCAAUGGAUCAUACAGUCCAAAUAUGAGACAGUAUCGGAAAUCCAUUAAUAAACAUAAGAGAGCAUCAAGGCGCAGUUAGAUUUUCCUUUUUUCACCCCACAAUUCCUAACACUGUCAUAUCAGCAUCUGAUGACCAAACUGUUAGGCUUUGGCCUUUAAAUAAGGCCUAUUCCGCUCAAGUCCCACCACGACUGCCGCUUUCCAAAAAAAAUGAGACCUAUACAAAAUCCUUAUUUUCUCACUUACAUUUUUAUAUAUACCAACAAAACAGAGAAGAAGCAUUAUCAUCUUUGUUAGAAAUUUUAAAUGACUCAGGCACAAUUCAUUGCAAAUUAUUUUCAACCAAUUCUCAAAAUGCAUAUGAUUUGAUUCAAGAUGCUAAAAACUAUAAAGAUCAAAUAGAAUGUUUGUUUUGGCAAAGAAGUGCAGAAAGGCAGGAGGUGGUUGAUGUGAAUGAGCCGAUAAAAUUAAAUAGGGAAUGAAGCGAUUUAGCACCACUUUUAGGGGAAAAUCAGUGAAGAGAAGAAUCAAGAAAGAAUGGAGAAGAAAUGCUUUUAAGAAGAAAAAUUCAUAAAUCAGUCCUGUAUUUUAUAGCAGCAAGAAUGAUAAAAAGAGCAAUAAAAAUAUAUGUAAGCUCAAAUUUAUUUAUAGAAGCAGUUAUACUUGGAGCUUUACAUAAUGAAGACAUAAGCGAAAUAUUUAGAAUGUGGGCAAAACGACUGGCUGAUACUUGCAAGCAGGAACAAGCUGCGAAAUGUCUUUUAGCAAUAAAAGACUAUCAGCAAGCUUUAAUACUUCUAGAGUCUUUACCUUACACAAAUCCACAAUUAUCUAAUUUGAUAGAAAUUUUGAAAUCCAAAAUUAAUUAA